AUGAGGGGGAGAAGAUGGAAUUAUCCUCUGAGCUUACUCACUGUAUGUUUAAGGUUGCUUCUAUAUUUUCCCAUGUCUUUGCUAGUCGGGGAGACAUCUCGGCUCCAAGUAAUCCCACUAAGGAAAGGGAUACUUGGAAAGGGAAAUGUGAAGCUAUGGAGCUGGGGUGCUCUAUCCUCUAGAAGGAGUUCAUUGUAUGGAACGAAGAGGUUCUGCGAUCAAUUUAUAAAGCAUACGAGAAGCUUUUGCCCUGACGCCAUAAUUUCUGUUGAGACGCUGGACUCGUUUAAGUCCGCUCUCGAGCUGGCUCUGAAGGGUGAUCCUGGUACCUUAGAUCCAAAUGUUUCGGCUUGA